CCUGCCCUGACACCGUGGGGCUGGAGAGGUCUGUGUCCAGGUCUGUCUCCUCCCAAUACUGGGUGGGUGCUGCUGGAGAACCUGGCAGGGCUGGGGUCUCUUAGGGGCCCAGCAUGGGUGAUGUUUGUUGAAUGAAUAAAUGAAUGCAUGGGUUGGGAGUCAACUGCGCUGGGACCAGGAAGCUAGUUGAUGAGGUAGCUGUCAGUUGGGGGUAUUAAUGGGGACAUGGAGUCAUUGGGUUCCAGCAAGAGGGAAGCGGGCCGCCCCUCCCCCUCCCCUGAGAAUUCUGGGCCUUGAGGUCUCGCAAGGGGGCGGGUCUCUGUCUUCUUCAUUCUUCCCCUCUGCACCCCGCCCGGACACCAGUUCCUCUUCCCUCCGAGUCGCUGGGUGCAGAGCCUGAGGGACGGCAGGGAGCACAGCGGGUCUGAUCCGCGGAGGGUGCCCGCCGCUCCGGCCCCCGCGUCCAGGUUGCCUGAAUGGGGGGCGCCCUGGCGUGGCUGCUGCUGUUGCUGCUGCAGGAUCCAGGCAGCCAGGGACUGUCCUGCAACGUGUCCUCCGGAGGCGUGGACUGGACCAAGGCGUUCACAGACACAUGCCUGAACUUCAGUGGCCAAGGCCUGAGCCUGCCCCAGAACCAGUUUCUGCAGGCCAGCAGUGUGGCCAUCCUCGACCUGUCUGGGAACAGCCUUCGAGAGCUCCCGCUGCCGUUCUUCACCCGCCUGGAGAAGCUGAAGGUCCUGGAUGUAACCCGCAACCCACUAGAACGUGUGGACAGGGCACUGGCCGAGCGCUGUGACAUUGACCUGAAGGCUGACUGUCUCUGUGUGCUAGCAUCCUGGGACGAGGUCCGGCGAGACAACUGCUCCCAGCAGCCCCCUCUGCAGUGCCUGCACACAGACACCGGCACCUGGCACAACGUCUCUGCCUUCCUGGAGGCCGGCUGCCCCCCUGGCCUGGCCCCGACCACCAUGGGGGUGCUGGCAGCCAGUGCAGGCCUGUUCCUUGGGCUCGCCGUUGCUGGCUCAGUGCUGGCCUGGAGACUCCGGAGACACCGGGCAUCCAGUAGCCAGGGUCUGAGCAAAACGUGGGCUGCUCAGGAUGGUCCCCGGCCCGGCUCCGGCCGGCAGCCGAGGUACAGUAGCCGAGGCCUCAGCCCUGAGCCCUCGGGGGCCGCCCUGCGCAGGCCCUCCACACCUGACUAUGAGAACAUGUUCGUGGGCCAGCCGCCCGCAGGGCACCAGUGGGCCGACCACGGGGCUCAGCCUUCCGAGGACGGUGACUUCUACAUGAACUACAAGGGCCCUGACCAUGCCUCCCAGCCUAUCUACGGCAACCUGCAGUCGCUGGACUGGGCCCCGGAGGAGUACGUGAUGGCUGGGCGCUGAGCCUCCCUCAGCCCCCAUCCCAGCCUGUCCCCUUCCAGGUGACUCCGGGCCUUCUGGCUCUUCCUUGGCCUCAGUCUCUAAAUAUGGGCUAUACCUUUACUUCUGAAAGUAUUUAUUAAGCACGUACUGUGUGCCAGGCAUGGUGGUGACAAGCCGACAGAGGCCCCAUUGGCUCCCCAAUACUUGGGAGUGACCUGAGGUGGGAGAGAGGACCAAUGAGAGUCUUCUGCUUCCUUGCACUUCUGCAUCCCUCCUGCACUAGACACUGCUUGAGCCCCGAGUCCUGCCCCCAGCCACCUGUCGUCCUCCCCGCAUAAAUCAGAUCCCACCCUUCCCCAGCUUCCACACCCUUCACGUCAACCCAUUGCUCUUCCAACAGACCCACGUCCUCCCCACCACCCAUGAAACUUGGUGGGUUUUGGCCCUCACCCACCUCUCUGGCCCCAUUUUCAGCAGUUUCGCUGCUAGACACUGGGCUUGUUCCCACCUCAGGGCCUUUGCACCUGCUGUUCUUUCUGCCUCAGAUGCCCAUCCCCCAGCUCUCCCCCUCAAGUUCCAUCCUUCCUGCACUUCUCGGUUCAGAUGUCACCUCCUCAGGGAGGCCUCCUCCCCGAUCAGCUGAAUCCCCUCUGCCUCGUUCACAAGUGCGUUGGCCAGGAUGACUCCUGGGCACAAUUCGUACUACAGUUGCUGCUUUUUUAAUAUUUAUCUUUGUGCUCAUUUGUCUCCCUCAUUCGACCAUGCUCAAGUGGGAUGGUUUCUGCUUGUCUCAUGACUCCUGUAUUCUCAGUGUACAGCCACACCUGGCACAAAGUGGGCACUCAGUGAAUACAUUCGGGGGCACCUACAGUCAUUCAGGGCUGCCUCUGGGUGGUGGUGUUCACAGGGGACACACCUCACUCACUGCUGGAAGUGGAUUCUCCUAACAGUUCCUCUCAGACACUCUCAGGGUGGACGGGCGGGUGGGUGUGAGGAGGGGCCU